AUGACGAUCAGCAGGCACGUUGAGCGUUGCGUCUGCGAAAUCCCACAGCGUCCUUCUCUAUUCUCUCUUGAAGCUGCCAAAAGUCAAGUCUCAUCGAAAUACAGACCUACCAUAUCCACCGUCGAACAUACAGUAGCGGCUAAGGUAUUCCUUGAGUUGCACUACAUACAUCUCGGACUGGAAUAUGAGAAUCCAAAUUUUAAUCCCAAUCAUCUGCGCCAACCUCGAGCACUCAAAACGAAGAGGUAUGCAGUGAAUGACCCAGAGCCAUACCAGAAAACACACUUUGAAUUGCAAAGGCCACUUGGUAAAGGCAGCUUCGGCCUUGUUCAGCUAGUUAAAGAGCAAUACACCAACAAAUUUUAUGCGAUGAAAAUCAUGCACAAGAGCACAAUGCUCACAAUCGGGCAAGAAGCCCAUCUCAAGUGCGAACGAGACUUUCUUGCGGAAUGCGCAACCCGCGGAUCGCAAUGGACAGUCCCUCUCAUUCAAACUUUUCAGGACCGUGAGAAUCUUUAUUUGGUCAUGGAGUUUAUGGAAGGAGGUGACUUCUUGGCUCUUUUGCUUCGAGAAGAUGUCCUCACAGAAGCACAGACGAGAUUCUACGUUGGCGAAAUGAUCUGUGCUGUUGAAGAGGUACAUAAAAUGGGGUGGAUACACCGUGAUCUCAAACCGGAUAAUUUCUUGAUCGGUGCCGAUGGCCACCUUAAGCUAACAGACUUUGGCCUCGCUUUUUCGUGUCAUUGGUCUCAUCAAGGACUCUACUACGCGAAUAAUCGAGCGUACCUUUGCGAGAGGCUUGGAAUCGAAGUUACUGGUGAUUCGACUGAUGCUAGCUAUGAAGAGUCGAAAUUAGUCCAACCUUUCUAUUUAGAUCCGGGGGAUCAGCCGCUUAAGCCCCAUAAGACCAUCGCACAUGUUAUAGAUGAGUUAGACCACGCUCCCUGGCGGCGUCAAUAUGCAAAAAGUGUGGUUGGCACAAGCCAAUACAUGGCACCUGAGGUCAUUCAAGGCAAAGACUACGAUGGUAGCUGUGACUGGUGGAGUAUUGGUGUAAUCUUCUACGAAUGUCUGUAUGGCUCAACACCAUUCUAUGAUUCCAGUCGGGAACGCAUCAAAGCCAAAGCACUAGAGUGGCACAAAUACCUACGAUUUCCGACGCAUCCACGCGUUCAGCGACCUCAGUCGCAAAACGCGAUCGUCUUAGCAGAUGUAGGGCAUGAUGCUGUGAGCUUCAUAUGCAGCGUGAUUCGGAAUCAAGAAUCACGUUUCACCGUCGAGCAGAUCAAAGGGCACGAAUUUUUCCGUACUGCGAGAGGUUUUGACUGGGAUAAUUUACCUCGCACACGGCCUCCGUGGAUACCAGCUCUGCAGAGACACAAUGACGAUGUUGCGAGGUGGUUCGAACCGGCGUCUCAGAUCGGUUCUCUUGAGGAAAAGCACAAACGGCCGCGGGACAAGAUUCUGCGAGACCCGGUUUGCGGGCCAAUUGCAAUGGAAAUACGAAAACGUACCGCAUUCUUGGGAUACACAUUUAGGAGGUCAGACAUUGCGUGUUGGUUGAGUAACAGCGAACGGGAGAGAGCAAUUACGGUCAAUGCUGCAAGUAAUCUUGGUGAAUAUGGUCGUCAUCCUCACUGUCGCGACAUGCAGCAAAGUUUUGUUGCUUCGGAGGCCUGAGACUCGGCCAUUUUCCUUUCUGACGAAGCAGCUGCGGAUUUAUACCCUCUUGUGCGCUUCUUUUAUCCAACCAUCAGCAUGGGACUGCGAAUUGCUGAUUGCGGC